GAUUUCCUAAGGGACCACCAUGGUGAAAAUUGCCCUCCAGUUGAAAGCUGUGCUGGAGAACAUCACCAACCUCCGUCCAGAGGGGGAGGAUUUCCGCUGGUAUCUGAAGCUGAAGUGUCUGUCGUGUGGAGAAGUCAGCGAGAAGUGGCAAUAUGUCACGUUGCAGGAAUCAACACCGCUGAAAGGAGGGCGGGGUCACGCUAACCUGGUCGCGAAGUGCAAACUGUGCAGCCGCGAGAACAACCUGGACAUCCUCCAGGACAGCAUCCAACCGUACUGCGCGGAAAACAGCGAGGAAUUCCGUAGCGUGGUCGUGUUUGAGUGCCGCGGGGUCGAGCCGGUGGACUUCUCGCCCAGGGUGGGUUUCGUGGCGGAAGGCGAGAAUUCGGGUAUGAAGUUCGAUGAGGUCGAGCUGACGGAGGGCGAAUGGAUGGACUACGAUGAGAACGCACAACAACCCGUGGGAAUCACGGAAAUAGAGCAUCGCUUUGUGAAGGCGUGAAAGUAGCGACAUCGGCUACAAUUAAAACUUUGAGUACCCAUAAGGUCAAGAAAUAAUAAUAUUCCAAACUAAGAUACUGAUUCAGUAUCUUAGUUUGCAAUAUUAGCAUUUCUUGACCUUAAAAUAGUUGUAAUAAAUAUUCUGUUAACGGAGCAAAAAUAUCCUUCUUAUAUUUCUCUUCCCAUACCAUUUUCUCAGAAAAAUCAUUCAUUUCAACAUUUGAAUGAUUUGAAAAACUUGCGAUUAAGUUGCUUACAUGCUGUUUAAGAUAAUAGUGCAAAUAAGACAUGAAAUGUCUUCUAUUAAAGUACAUUUGAUAGGGAUGUAUUAUAUAGUAUUGUUAAUUAAAUUGUUCAAUUUUCUGUCCUUUGUACUGUCUUAUUUUCAUAAGACAGUUUUUCACAAGACAGAAAAAGUUUUUAUGACUAUUUGACUGCUUGUUUUUAAUUUAAAGAAUGACAUUAAAAAUGACAUAAAACUAUUAAAAGACAUUAAAGAACAGAAAUGGUUGUACGUGUAACUAGAGUAUUAAAAUCAAGACAGAAACAUCAAAUGAAUAUAGACAACAAGUUCUUUUUAAUGUGGGGAAUAAGUAGAGAAUUAUUGCUUCAGUUUGUAUAUCAUCACAUUUUUUCCAUAAAAAUAUGAACUAUUGCACCCUGUUUGUCUUUAAGAAACAUCUUCAAAUGAUCUAAAACAUUUGGUCUUAUCCAGUACAUGUACUAUAUCUUACAAACUUUUCCAUAACAGUCUAUUAGUGCUGUGUACCAGUUCA